AAUUUUCCGGAACCUCAGCAAAACAAUGUAAGAAGAAGUCAUAGUUUUUUUUCUGUCCUCCCAGCAAAACCACUAGGAAGAAAGGAAUCUGCAGUGAGAUUUCUUUUGAAACUUCAUACUCUCUACCAUUUUGUGUUUCUUCUGCUAGAAUGGAAAUCGCUAUUGGUGUUGGAGGAGCACUCCUCUCGGCUUCUGUUCAACCACUGAUUGAAAGGCUGAUCUCUCAUGAACUGAACAUCUUUCCUCGCUGGAAGAAAAUCCAAGCUGACCUCAAGGACUGGGAGAUGAUGCUGGCCGAAAUCAACGCUUUGCUCGAUGAUGCUGAAGACACCCAAAUGACAAACUCUGCUGUGAAAAAAUGGCUUGAUGAGUUUCGAGAUCUGACCUAUGACAUAGAAGAUGUAUUGGAUGAGUUCAACACUGAAGCUUUGAAGCGCAAGGUGAUGGAAGAUUCUCAAGCAAGCACAAAGAAGCUACGAAAGUUCAUCCCCACUCAUCUCACUUCUUUUCGGUUCAAGAACAAGAUGGCAUCCAGGAUAAAACAUAUUACUGGAAGAUUACAGCGUAUUAAUGAAAGGCAAGCCCAAACUCUCAAUUUGAGAAGGAUUGCUAAGGAGACGACAUCCCACCAGCUGAAGGAAAGGCCACCGACAACUUCUUUGGUGGAUGAAUCGCAUAUUUAUGGCAGGAAUGACGACAAGGAAGCUAUUGUUGAGUUGUUGUUGAGGAAUGAAGAAGGUGGUAACAAAUUCAUUUCUGUCAUCCCUAUAUUGGGGAUGGGAGGAAUUGGCAAGACUACUUUAGCACAACUAGUCUACAAUGAUUCUGUAGUAAAUGAUUAUUUUGACAUCAAGGUAUGGGUAUGUGUUUCUGAAAAUUUUGAUGUCGUCAUCUUAACAAGAACAAUUCUACAGUAUGUAGCUCCAGAGAUCCGUGAUUUGAAGGAUCUUGAUUUGAAUUCACUUCAAGAAACAUUGAAGGAGAAAUUGUCUCAAAAGAAAUUUCUGCUAAUCCUAGAUGAUGUUUGGGAAGAGGAUUACAAUCAAUGGGAUCUACUACGUAGACCUUUCGUUUCCGCAACAUCUAGUAGCAAAAUAAUUGUCACCACCCGUAAGAAUAAUGCUGCACCGAUCACGGGUGAUGUUUAUGCUUAUUGUGUGAAAAAGUUGCCAGAUGAUGAGUGUUUGUUCUUAUUGGCUCACCAUGCUUUGGCGGCACAAAGCUUUGAUGCACGCUUGGAUCUAAAGGAUAUUGGUAAGGAGUUGGUGAAAAGGUGUAAUGGACUUCCGUUGGCUGCAAAAGUACUGGGAGGUCUCUUGCGCAAUAAACGAAGUCGUGAAGAGUGGAAACGUGUAUUGAGAAACAAAUUGUGGAAUUCACCAGAAACGACCAACAAUGUCCAUCCGACUCUAAAAUUGAGCUACAAUGAUCUCCCUUCUCAUUUAAAGCGAUGCUUUGUUUAUUGUGCAAUAUUCCCCAAGGAUUAUGAAUUUGAUAGGGAUGAGUUAGUUUCACUGUGGAUGGCAGAAGGCUUCUUGUACCAUGCCCAGGGAGGAAAGCUUAUGGAGGAUUUGGGAAUUGAAUACUUUGAGGAUUUGGUAUCAAGGUCAUUCUUUCAGUUGUCAAGCAGUAAUCAAUCAAGACCAUUAUCUGAAUCAAGAUCAUUCGUUUGGGCAAAAAAUAGUACGAGAUCUGUAUUUGUGAUGCAUGAUCUCAUAAGUGAUCUUGCUCAAACUAUUGCGGAAGAAACUUGUUUUAAUUAUGAGAAUAAGACAGAGGUUGAUAUGUCAAGUUCAAAGUAUGAAAAUGUCCGUCAUGCAUCUUUUUCUUUUCGCCAAGACUCGCUAGAGUAUGAGGUCUAUUGUCGAAUGAAGAGGUUGAGAACAAUUUGGCUAAGAGGUGGUUAUUUUCUUGACUGGGAAUACAAGAUGUUGGAGGAGUUACUAACACAAUCAAAAUGCGCAAGGGUGCUAUCUCUUUCUAAAUCCCCAACUACAGAGCUAUCAAAUUCCAUUGGAGAUUUGAUACACCUACGGUACAUCAACUUAUCUGGUACAUUUAUUGAACAGCUUCCAGAGUCAGUGAGUAAUCUCCUUUAUUUGCAAACUUUGCUAUUGUGUUAUUGUCGUAUGCUCCAGAAGUUGCCUGAUAAAAUUAGGUAUCUGGUUAACUUGCGGCAUCUUGAUAUUUCUAAGACUCCUAAGUUACAAAAGUUUCCAUCCGGUAUGGGCAUGUUGACCAAUCUUCAGACUUUAUCCAAGUUUAUUGUGAAAGAAGGUGAUGGAACUACAAUCGCCGAACUCAAGAACUUGAACAAUCUUCGUGGCAGUUUAUGUUUAUCCAUUCAAGGGCUUCAAAAUGUACAAGAUGCAAAGUUAGCAAACUUAAAGGGGAAGCAAGGCCUUGAAGAAUUGGAAUUAGAAUGGAUUGCAGGUCAUGGAAAGAAUGACAUGUCGGUGCUUGAAUCACUUGAACCACCUCAUCAAAACUUGAAGAGGCUUGCCAUUUCUUCCUACGGUGGUGCAGAAUUCCCAUCUUGGAUGAGUAAUGUUCGUUUGUUUUCUGAAUUGGUUUCCGUAGAUCUGAAUCGUUGUGGAGAGAUUAAACUCUUACCACCAUUGGGGCAACUUUGCUCACUCAAAGAGCUAAGCAUAGAUCGCUUGCGUGCAGUGAAGACCAUAGGUGGUGAAUUUUAUGGGGAUGGCGCAGUGCCAUUUCCAUUAUUAGAGAGGUUUGAAAUCGGUUAUAUGUCAGGGUGGAUUGAGUGGUCUCAUGGCAACAUGGGUGGUGAAGGAUUCCCUAAUCUUCAGAAGCUUAGGCUAUAUGGUUGUCCUAAAUUGAUCGGGAGUUUGCCAAUUGGAUUGCACAGACUUGGAAAUCUCUCUGAAUUGGCAAUCAGCGGAUGUCAAAACUUGGUAUCGUUUCCUCCUAUGGGCUUGCCAUGUAGUCUGAAACGCAUUCAUGUUACAUCUUGUGAUGCUCUAGAACGUUUCCCAAUAAUAUACGUUAGAGAUGGACGGCAGAGCCUUCUUGAAGACCUAGAUAUUAAAGAUUGCUUCUCUCUCGAGUGCUUCGAAAGAAACUUCAAGUUGCCUACCUCUUUAAGAAAAUUGACCAUCCAAGAUUGCGAAAAUCUAUGGUCUCUACCUGAUGGACUGAUGAUGCAAGAUGACUACGAGUCUCAUCUCGAGCAUUUGGAGAUUAAGGGAUGUCAGAGGCUUACCUACCUUCCAACCGGCAAAUUUCCUGCUUCUCUCAAAACCCUUCAAAUUUGGGGAUGUAGUUUGCAAUUGGAAUCAGCAAUUUCAGAGAAGAACACUGCACUUGAAACAAUUUCAAUUUGGUAUAACAACAACAUAAAAGCAUUGCCCUCCAUUGACCGUUUGCAAAGUCUCAGCCAACUGACCAUAGGCAAAUGUCAUAACAUGGCGUCCUUAAUAGAAGCAGGUGGUUUGCCUCGAAACCUUACUAAACUCGAGAUAGAGCACUGCAAGAAUCUGAGGCAGCCAAUAGCAGAGUGGGGAUUGGGCAUGCUAUCCUCUCUUGAUACACUUGAAGUCGUGGGUGCAUGUCCUGCAACUGCAGAUGUGGUAUCAUUUCCGGACAAUAGUUGUUGUUGGCUUCCCAGCUCUCUGAGAAAGCUCUUUAUAGGACAUUUCGUGAGUCUGAAAUCUAUGGGACUCCAAAUGCUCACCUCUCUUGAAGAACUGAGCAUUGUAUGCUGCCCCAGACUCCGAUCCCUGCCAAAGGACGCCCUGCCUUCCUCUCUUAAGAAAGUCUUCAUCAGAGGUUGUGAGCUCCUAAAUGAACCGAGCGUCGACUACUAGGCCGUAGGAAUUUCCUAUUAUGUGAGCUAAGAUUUACUCAAACUGGAUCUCUCUGAGCUUACAAAGCCAAGUCAUAAUCAGAGUAAGAAGAAGCAUCCCAGGUCUGCCAACCCACGAAACACUACAAUCUUCCAACUCUUCCAAGUAUUGCCCUUGAUCGAACUGCCGGCCAUAUCUGCAUCAGAAAGAAGGUUCUUACAUCUUAAAAGUGCUAAAUUGUUUUAUACUUUCUGAGCAUCAUUUACAUUGGAUUGCUAGUUUGUCUUUAUUCAGUAUAUCAGUCUGGUGUUAAUAGUUUGGCUUAAACUACUGAACAUUAUUUUCUUCUGGUGAUGGAUGUUCUUUUCUUAACCACAGUGAACAUACAAUCUUAUUUAACAUGGUUUAGUGCCUUACAUCAAAUCCUAGUGCUAAUGGAUACUUCUCAUUUGCUCUGCAAUGGAUUUGAUGCUUUUGACUAGAAUUUUGUGAUUUAUGUUUCUUCAUUUGGCAUAUGCAUACUUUUCUUACUUGUAGGCGUUGUAAAAUGAUGAAGGACGUAGCAAGAGAUAACAAUUAGAAAGAAUGAACUCCUCCACAACAGAAAAGGUAUAACAUUUCUGCUGAGUGUUAACCUACUUGACUUUUCAUAGAGUGAUUAACAUGUUAUGCUAUGUUACAGACUAUUACAGGAUCAUAUGAGAAGGGCAUCACUGAAGGAUCAUCAUCAGGAUUUUCAACGGCCAUCAAUACGCAAGAAUCUAUAAACAAAUGAGAAAGAGGAGGGCUACUAGUUUUGCUGUACUACUGAUAUAUUGAUUUUCGAUAUGUUGGACAUGUUAUUUGUUGGACUUCUUGUUCUACUGAUCUAUUGACAUUAUUAGAAAUUAUUUUGGAUGUCUUUUCCUUUAAGCCUCUUAGUUCUUAUGUCCAUCUCUGUUAUUUCAAUUCUAGUCAGAUCUUAGUAAUGGUGAUGACUGAUGAUACGGAAAUCUUUUUAGAUGGAUGAAUGAUAAUUACUGUUGCUUCUAUAUGGUUUGA